GAAGAUUCUAACAGCACCGGGAAGAAAACAAAAGCAGUGCACACAGUGCAGCCUGCAAUGUACAGCAACGCAAUGGACACCGACCCUGUAUCUUUAGGUGCACUAUAACCCAAUGAUUCUGCUUCAUGACAUCUAAAUCAAAGACCCAGUUGGCGCCCUUGCCAUGGAUCGAGAUCUUUAUUUACUGGGUGCUGUCCUUUGGUUCUCAUCUGUACUCUUUCUACCAACUGCACAGGUUCUCCAAAGAGCACGAGGCAGGAUUAGUAAGAGAAUUCCAAUUGGAAAAUGGCCUCCUUAAGGGUUUUAAAAGGGACCCAUCAGACUUUGAGUGGACUUUCUGGACUGAAUGGGGAAAGAAGUCUUUACUGUGGACUCUGACUGGCCAUGGCAUAGUAUCGAGAUUGACUGGCCUAUUUUACCCCAAGCUUAGGCUGCCAGUGCUCACAACAUAUGGCCUCUUAGCAGCCAGCAGUGUGUUGGGGAUGAAAGGUGUGAGUGUGCUGCUGGUACAUCUAGGUCUGUCCUUUUCAGUGGCCCAGCUGCGAAAGCCUGCCCUGUCAUGGACCUGUAACCUGCUGCUGCUCUCCACGCUUCACAUCCAGACACUUCAAGACAUCCAGAGAGGCUGGUAUAAGACGGAGGAGGAGUACUAUCUGCUGCUCUUUAGUGUUGCUGUGUGUGGUCUGCGCUUCAUCAGCUUCAGCCUGGAGCAUUGCUGGAGCCCUUCAGACCAUGGUUGGGUUGUGCAGCUCUGUUGGUUGUUUUCAUACACGUUCUAUCAUCCUUUUUUUUAUAAUGGACCCAUCGUCACGUACAAAGACUACACUGAGCAGAUGCAGAGGCCUGCUGAGGAAAGCGACGGGGCUCUGACUUUCUUGGUGCUCAGAUUGGGACGGAUCAUAUUGUGGUGGUGCAUUGCAGAAUACAUGAUCCACAUUAUGUACAUGCACUCCAUCCAGUCUAAUGAGACCUACAUAGAAAUUCUCCCUCCUUGGGCCUUGGGUGGACUGGCACUGGCCCUCGUCCAGUUCUUCUACAUGAAAUACCUGGUGCUCUUCGGUCUCCCAUCCAUGCUUGCUUCUUUGGAUAAACUGGUUCCUCCAAAACUCCCUCGCUGUGUCAGCAUCAUGUACAGUUUCACAGGGAUGUGGAGACACUUUGAUGAGGGUCUGUAUCGAUGGCUCAUCAGAUACAUCUACGUGCCGCUUGGAGGUUCACGUCACGGCUCACUUUACAAAAUGUUAUCCACUGGCCUCGCGUUUGGAUUCGUCUGCCACUGGCACGGUGGCCACGACUAUUUGCAGUACUGGGCUCUGAUGAAUUGGGCUGGAGUUCUGCUGGAAAACGGACUGAAGUCUCUAUUUGCUUCACCCUUUAUUCACUCCAUAGUUGAGCAGAAUUUCUCCCCGGUGAUGAAAAGGCGCUGCAUUGCCCUUCUCUCUGCCUUCUCCACUGCCAUGCUCAUCCUGUCUAAUCUGGUGUUCCUUGGGGGGAUACAUGUUGGCAGAAUCUUCUGGAAGCGAGUCUUCAUUCGAGGCUGGUCUACAAUGGCCCCACCGAUGCUCGCUUUCCUCUACUGCUUUGCUCAGAUUGGACUUGAGCGGACUUCUCACCCACCAUGAGUCACCUUGACUUUGUGUUCGAGUGACAAUCGCUGCUACCGGACAACCGGCACAGUGUGCUGACUCCAGCGCCGCGUCUUCACCGGGCACAGCGAACCACAGCGCACCUGGCCCGCGGCCACAGAACCCGUCCAAACCUGGCUGAAGUGCAGCUGAGCUUUCAGGACCGCACAAAACCUGUCUGUAAGCUAAAACUUCAAGAGAAAGUUUAGAAAAUGUAAGGCUGCACAAGCUGUGAUAAAAUGCUGAAAAUUUAGGGCAGUCUCUAGCAGCAGCCUCGAGGCACGUUUUCUGCUCAGUAAGCUAACGCAGUGUUAUUCUAAGAAAAUAAGGGGACCCUGAAUCUGUCUCGUAUAUAAGGUAUUGCUCAGUAGUGCUCAUAUUUACUGUCGUGCUUUAGAUUUCCACAGACGCAGGUGUGGAUUGAACCAGCGUCAUCCACUGUAAAAUAAUGUAAAAUGAAAAAUAGUAUGUUUUUUUUGACUAAUGUGAUGUUACACAGUGUAUCUCUCUGUCGGUGCCGCAAGCACAUUUGA